AUGAAUCAGGACUCAACGACGGCAUGGCAUCAACCGCUCCAAGAUGAUCCCAUGCUUGUCGCUGGCGAUGACGAUUUCUCCAACUUCCUCCAACUCGGCAUCGAUUUCCCCGGAUUCGACGAGACACAGACUGGGCACAAUGGCUUUGACACUCCCAUGGGAGACCUCGGCAUGGAGCAGCUUGCGAUGGGGAGCUCGGUGGAAGAUUUGCGUGGCCACACCGUGCCGACAGGAACUUCUUUAUCCGAUCCAGGCCGAGAUGAUCUGAUACAUCAGUAUGCAAAGAUUUCCGAUGGCCCAGGCUCGAUAUUCCACGCACCAGCAAUUCAACAUCAGCACGGCCACCAGCUUCAUCAUCAUCAACAACAUCAACAUCAUCGAAAGCAUGAUGUUCAAAGUUCGACAUACGAGCCUCGGAUCAUGGUGCCACCUACUCCCCAGAGCAGCGAAAUGCAAGGUGCAGCUGCGAGGUACUAUCAUUACGUCGAUGCGGAUGGUCUAUCAGACCUCGAUCCAUAUCAAAGACAUAGGAAUGACCAAAUGACAUUCACCCCUUUGGUGUCUCCGGCUGUCACACCAAUAGAUCCGAACUUACGUUUCCCGGAUUCGACAACUCCUGGAGAGUACUUCAGUCCUUUGAGCUCACCUGCCAUAGAAGCGCAGAACGGACAUCCACGUCGAAAGAUCCGUCUACAGAUCACAACACCCAAGCGCGGCUCAGUCACAUCACCUGUAGAUCAAUCGGUCGAGACGCCAAGUGUACCUAAUUCUGCUCGUGUAGCAAGUAGAAAGGACAGCCGUAAGCUCUCUAUGUCGGGCAGAGCAUCUGGGCGAAAUGUGCGUCAAUCGCCGCUCAUCAAGCCCCAUGGGCGUCGCAAGCAAACAUCAUUGAACAUAUCACCCGCCGGACUUGCUGAGCUUGCCGAGCACAGCCAAAUCUCAAACGCCUAUGCAGCAGAAGCUUCGCCAAAUCCUCGAGCCCGCUCUACCAACAGUGAUGGAUCUGGUCAGAGCUCUAUCUCUCCAGAACCCUUAUCAGAGGCUCUGAUGCCUCCGCCUAGCCUGCCGCGAUCGGCUGGCAAGUCUCCAAACAUCGUUGGGAAGAAUCAAAGCCCCACCACUGCCAACGAACCGGUGACUCCGGCGACUUUGAUGCGACUGCCCAACAAAGAUUCCUCGCCUCCAAUGCCGAAUCAGGGAUCUGGCCGGAUUUUCGUGCCUAACAAUGAGCUAAUGGAAGAUAUCAUGCUUCCUGAGUCAGCAACGACGACCUUACCACCAUUAACCAUCGAUACGACCAGGUCGGUUGCCGACGAUGAGGUUACACCAACCUUAUCCGCAAAGACACCCAAGUUGUCGGCAAACAGCACCCCAAGGACAUCCGUAGCGACCACACAGGUCAGAUCUCCAUCGGACGUGACUCACAAGCGAACAGAAUCGCGGGCAGGAAACUCAAUGAAAGCUCGCCAAGCUGGAGCUCCCUCGCAUGUGAGCCCUGCUAUACGGCCAAAGAUCAGCCCGAGCAUUAACCCACUUGUACCACAUUCUAAUCCGGGCACACCAGCGAUCUCUGCAGAAACAUCGGCGCUGUACCUCGCCUCCAAGUCAAAUUAUCAGAAUAUUCUAGAGGGUACGCACCUCCCUGGCGUGUCAUAUCCUGAGGCUCUAGCAGAGAAUCUGAGCUCGAAGCGGACCAGUCACAAGCUCGCGGAGCAAGGACGUCGUAACCGAAUCAACGUGGCGUUGAAAGAAAUGGAGAGUCUGCUACCACCUACACCAGCCACCAAAGGUAAGAGGGACAGAUCCGGCAGCAUUGAUGGUGACUCAGGCGAUAAGGCAGCUGCUGCAGGCAAUAGCAAAGCAAGUACGGUGGAGCUCGCCAUUGCCUACAUUAGGUCGCUACAAGCCGAGUUAUCUGAGACGAAAGCCAAGCUCGCGGAUCAAGAGAAAAAGCUGGAGGAUAGAGAGAAGAAACUGGCAGAGGUCAACAGCAGCGGUGACAACGCCAGCGUAUCUCCGCAGUAG